ACUUACUAGUGCUGUAUUGUCUAUUUGAGAGACCAAAAAAGGAAAUAAAAGAGAAAAAGCAAAACAGAUUUGAAGAAGAGAAAAGGAUUUCUUGUGUUAUUCUUGUUAUCAUCAUAUUGUCUUAAAAAGAAAACAAGACAAGAAUGGAAGGCUUUAAGGGAGCAGAAGCAGAAGCAGGAACAUCAUCAUCUGGGCCUUCUGCUUCUUUAGUUGUUAAUGGAGAUUUGAAGAACAAACAAACAGAUGAAUUUACAGAAAACCCAUUAAAGAUUAAGGAUUAUGAACCUGAAAAUGAUGAUGUUGAUGAUGAAAAUGAAAAUCUUGAAGAUGGUUUUUCUAAAUUUGUUCCUGGCCCUCUUCUCCCUCUUAAGGAGCAGCUUGACAAGGAUAAGGAUGACGAGAGUCUAAGAAGGUGGAAGGAGAAGCUGCUUGGUUGUGUUGAAACUGAUUUAAAUGGGCAAAAGGAUCCCGAGGUUAAAUUCCAUUCGCUAGGAAUCCUAUCAAAAGAUGUUGGGGAGAUCACAAUUUCGUUACCUGUUAAAGAAAGUCAAAGUGGCCGUCCCCUCUUUACUCUUAAAGAAGGUGUUCAAUAUCAGCUUAAACUAACAUUUACAAUUCUCCACAACAUUGUUUCUGGUCUCACGUGCACCAGUACAGUGUGGAAAGGAGGAAUUCAAGUGGAUUGUGUCAAAAGAAUGUUGGGUACAUUUGCCCCCCAAAAAGAUGCCUAUAUUGAAACCUUAGACGAGGAGACUGCCCCAUCUGGUAUUUUUGCAAGAGGAAUAUACACAGCAAAGCUAAGGUUUGAAGAUGAUGAUAAGGCGUGUCAUCUGGAGCUUGAUUAUUCUUUUGAGAUCAAGAAGAAUAGUUAAAAGUAUUGAUCACAUUUAAGAGGCAAAUUCGUCCUUCAAGUCUAAAAGGCAUCAAUCGCAGUGUUACCCUUUUUUUAAUUUUAACUUUGCUAGUGAUAUGUUUGCAAGUUUUUUAGCUUUAUAUUGAGUAAAAUCACCUGCUUUGUCCAGAACAAGACUGCUAUAGCAAUUCUUUUUUACUUCA